CUGCUCAUAUCCCUGCUUGACACACUUCACGCCGUGCAUGUCAAAUAUAUUUAUGUAACCUGCGCACGAGUGCAGAAAAUUCUUUUUGCAUUGAGUGAGUGACCAGGAAAUCGCCCAGGAACACCAUGUCGACGCCACAACCAUCGGGGAAGUGCAUUGAGCUGAAACCAUUGACCAAAUACAACGUCUGCUACUACUAUGCACCACUUUCGAGCAUGGUCAGCUAUGCGACACUCUCGGUGAAUGUUAUGAAUCCUUCGCUGGUGUACAGAUUCCAUCCAAACAGGGAUGUGACAAACUACCUCCUCUACUGGACCAUGUUCGGCACUGGUCUGUACAUCUACGGACGUCCCCACUUGCGAGCUCUUCAGCACAAAGUUCGCGCUUCUUACAGCGUUGUGGGCAGCGUUCUCUUCAGCAUGGGAUCUCUCCUCAUCUGGGCGUUCAUUCGCACUGUCGUGCCGAAGAACAACUGCCUGCACACUCUUCUGGGUCUGGGCUCUAGUUUCGUGAUCGCUAGCCUCAGUUACAACUACUUGGACCACGUAGACAGCCUGGCGCCCGCAAAGUAAUUCCGCAUAGGAUUUACUCCAAUUCACUCACUCCAUCGCAAAUUUUACCCAUUUUACCAGUAAAGUGAGCCUCUGAAAAGUCUCCGGAGCAGCAUCUUUUAUCGUCAAUGUAGAGAAAAGUACAUUAAAUUGUGGAAAGAAAAA